AUGGAUGGUAUUCUUUGUUGCUGUAUCGAGCAAGAAGACGAAAGGCUUUUGGUUGAACCGAUGCACAUGAUGCAAUUUGCUCUCGCUCAAGCACAUGAAGUCACUGUGCAUGAGCGUGCCUACUUGCACGCAGAAGCGGGAAUAAAUCCUAAACUUUGUCGAGUCGAACUCGUUAAACUCGGGUCAAAGGGUCAAACUCAUUCUUUCGUCGCCUUUGGAAUCGUAUCCUUGCCAUUUGGUUAUGAUCAGAGUAACCUAUAUGAGGCCAUUGCCGCUUAUAAGUUCGGCUGGAUAUGCGGAAAAACUGCGUACUUAGCUUCGCUGUUUUCUCAAAUUCAAUUCGCCGGAGUUCUUUGCGGCACAUUUUCGUUCGGUGCCGCCUCGGACAUUUUUGGGCGAAAACCUGUAGCUAUCGUUGCUUUUUCCAUAGGCGUAUUCACCAACUUCAUCACAGGAUUGGCUCCAACAUGGCAAGUGCUCAUGGCGAUUCGCUUUUUUGUGGGUCUCUCCGUCGGUGGAACACUUGUAGUCGUCUGCACUUUCGUCAUGGAAAUGCUUCUUCCACAGCAGAGGAUGGCGCUUAGAGCGUUUUUCAAUUGGGGUCGACUGGAAGAGAUGCGAAUCGCAGAGAGAUAUAUCGCCAGAUUUGCUCGAAUUGAGUACAAGCCCGUGGCCCACAAGAAAAUCGAACACAACAAGAACUUGUGCGAAAUGUUGCACACCGGCGGUCUCCAUCGCCGCCUGUUCGUGUUGUGGACUAUGUGGUUUGUUGCCUCAGUUUGUGGAUACGCUACAGACCUGAACUCAAACACAAUUAGCGGGGACUUCUUCAUGAAUCAAAUCAUAUUCUCCAUUCUCAUUGCUGUCUCUAAAAUGGUAUUAGUCACCGUGGACACUUUUAUUCCUUCGUUCAGUCGGCGAACUCUUCAUCAAGGAGCUCAAACUGUAGUUUGUUUAUGCUUCCUUGUUUUAUUUUUCCUCACAAUGCAGGGAUAUCAGGGUAUUGCAACUCUUAUUAUCAACGUCACCGGCACGAUAUUCAUCGAGUACACUUGGGAUGCUUGUUACCUUUGUGCAGUGGAGUCCAUGGAAACAUCUUGUCGCGCCAGUGCCACCGGAACCUGCUCUCUAAUGGCACGAGUCGGCGCUAUUAUUGCUCCACUCGUCAGUCAUGUUACCACUUAA